AUGAUAAUUUUAAUCAGUAUAAAAAAUCAGUAUUUUAGUAAUUGUAAAGUCUUAGAUAUUGGAUAAUAUGAUCAUGGAAUUAAAUAAGGGAGAUGGGAUAUAAAGACUAUUAAAUACUAUGAGCAUGAUGUUCUCACAUAUUACUUUUGGCCUAAAGAUACAUUUUACAUAAUGUCUUAUUUUAUUUAAUAGUAUAUUAGAGCUGGCGGUAAUUACUAAAAUGGAGAAAAAAAUGGAAAAUGGAUUGACUUAGAUGAAAAUUAUAAUUAUCAUAAUCAAAUAUUAUAUGAAGGAGAAUUUUACAAAGAUUUAAAAUAAGGAAAAUGGGAUAUGAUGAAGCAUCAUAAUUCAUUUAUAAACAGAAUGUAAUUUAAUUUAACAUAAAUAGAGGUGGUGGUUAAUAUAAUUAAGAUGGAUUAAAACAUCUGAAGUGGAUUGAAUUGGAUAAAAAUAGAUAAAAGAAACUAAUACUUGUUGAAUACUAAAAUGGAAUUAAAAUAUGUAUUGAAAGCAUGUAAACAGUCAUUUGA